AUGACAUUUAGAAAUCAUACCGGUACCGGUAAAGCUGGUGCUUUAGUUUUAACACAUUGUUUGCCUUCAGAAUGGAAUGCUAGUGGAAAUAACAAACAAAGUAUUGAGAAAAAUACUAAAAACAGUUAUGGAGCUGACGCUGAUGAUGAAUAUCAAAGCGGUGGUAAAGAUGUAACUGAAGGUAAAGAUAAUGCCGAUGGUGAAGAUGAUAAAACCGUUGAAGAUAAAGAUGAAGGUAGUGUUGCAUUAAUCAGCAGUGGACAAAAUCUAAACCACCACAAUGUAGCUUCAUAUGGAGGCGGAGGAGGUGGAUACGGAGGCGGAUACGGAGGUAGAGGGGGAGGAUAUGGGGGUAGAGGGGGAGGUAGAGGAUAUGGAGGCGGUGGUAGAGGUGGAUAUGGGGGUCGAGGAGGCGGGAGUUAUGGAGGUGGAGGGUACGGGGGUGGUGGAUACGGUGGUGGAUAUGGUCGUUAA